CAAGUAAAUUGAAAUUUUACAAGAGAUUUCAGUAAAAAAAAAAUGGAAUGGUUUAAACUUGCAGGUUUUGUUAUUUGCUUGCUCUUUUUGAGCGAAUCCUUAACACUGCCCACAAACCCUCAGGAUGCCGACCAUUUAAAAACCACUCAGACAUUUAUACAGGAUAAUACUGAAUAUAUCACCAUCGUUGCAUUUGCUCAAUAUGUUCAAGAAGCAACCUUUGAGGAAGUGGAAAUGUUUGCAAAAGAGAUGAUGGCGUUAAAAGAUAAAUGUGUGGCUGACAUGGCACUUCCAGAAUGUUCAGGAUUACCUAAUGACAUUUUACAGAAAAGUAUAUGUGCUGUGGAGGGACUGCCACAAAAAUACAAUUUUUCACACUGCUGCGCUAAGAGUGACCUAGAAAGAAGAGGCUGUUUCUACCUUAACAAGAAAGCUGAUGUAGGAUUUCUACCUCCUCUCCCGAUGGCAGAUGCUGAAAAGAAAUGCCAGGAGUAUAAACAGAAGAAAGACUUAUUUCUAAAGAAGUAUCUCUAUGAAGUUGCCAGAAGGAACCCCUUUGUUUUCGUCACUACACUUCUAAGUGUUGCUACUCGUUUUGAAGAUGUGGCUAAAACAUGCUGUGAGGAAGAAGACAAAGCCAGCUGCUUUCAAACAAAGGCAUCACCUGUCAUAAAGUAUUUAAAAGAAAAUUCUGCUUUUGAAAAAACUCUCUGUGGGGCAUCAAUGAGAUUUGGACCAAGAAUCAUAACACUUAUAAAUGCUGCUAUAAUUGGCCAAAAAUUCCCCAAGAUUGAAUUUAAGACACUCACCUCUACUGUGAAACACAUUUCUUCCACGGAUGGAGGAUGUUGUGAAGGGGAUGCAGUGGGCUGUAUCCAUACCAGGAGCAUGGCUGUAAACCAUAUUUGUACAAACCAAGAUUCCAUCUCCACCAAAGUCAAAGAGUGUUGUGACAAGCCAAUACUGGAGCGUGGUGACUGCAUAGUUAACUUGGGGAGAGAUGAGAAGCCAAGUGACUUAUCUCCAAGAGAAGCUAAAUUUACCGACAGCAAAGAUGUAUGUCAACACCGAGAUGCUGACCAAGAGAACUUCAUGAUUGAGUUUCUUUAUGAAUACUCAAGGAGACAUCAAGAUCUGUCUACACCAGAGAUUUUAAGAAUUGGUGAAGUGUAUGAGAAUCUCCUGGAUGAUUGCUGCAAAAAAGAAAACCCUUCCGAUUGUUACAGUCAUGCGGAAGAAAAGUUCAAUGAGACAACGGAGAAAAGCCUCAAGAUGGUACAACAUUCCUGUGAACAAGCUCAGAAAUUGGGGAAAGAUGGCUUCAAACAUGAAUGCCUUAUCAGAUUCACAAGGAUGGCUCCCCAGCUCUCUACUGAAGAAUUGACCUCUCUCAGCCAGGACACUGUGAAAGCCUUUAGUGUGUGCUGUGCACAGGAAGAACAGUUUUCCUGCCUUGACAAUUCGGUGGAUUUAGUCCUUGGAGAAUUAUGUGGCGUCAAUCAAAAGCGAAGCAUUAACCCUGCUGUGGAGAAUUGCUGUCAAUCUAGCUUUGCCUUCAGAAGGCACUGCUUCUACGAUUUGAAAAGCGACGAAAUCUACCUGCCUCAGUCAGCCUCCCAAGGCUUAUUUACCUUCCACCCAGACUUAUGUCAGGCUACCAAUGAAGAACGCCAGAGAAGGCAAGAAAGGUUUCUUGUUGACUUAGUGAAGCUGAAGCCUCAACACGCGGAUGUGAAGCUGCUUUCGCUGUUUGCAGAUUUCACUCACCUGGUGGAGCAGUGCUGCCAAGCGGAGGGGCCUGAAGCCUGCUUCAACGAGGAGGGUCCCAAAUUGGAAGCCAAAGCCCAGUAAGCUUCAGAAACAUAGAGUACAAAACACCAAGGUGGCCGAGAAAAAACACGCAGAUCGACAUAUCUACUUCCUAUCAACACUGAGGCGACUUUCACGUUAUGAGAAGAACAAAGUGAAAGGAUUCCUCUGUAGCCUUUACUUGAAAUCAUGUUAUUGUAGCAAGUAAUAAACUAAAAAAAAGUUCUUUCUCUAA